GGAUCCAAUUUUUCUCUCACUAAAGUUCACUCUUGAGAUAGAGUAAGAAAUAUAAUUCGGACUGAGGAGAUUUACCCGGUCUAGGUCAUACUUUGUGUUCUUGUUGUGUGUUUUAUAUUACGGGUCGAGUGUGUCGAGGUCAAACCCGGUUAACCCACCCAGCUAUAUUUACACCAUCAUUUUUGGCGCCGACCGUGGGAUCGAUUCUUAAAGUUUUUUCGACCAGGUCAAAACCUUACCCUCACUAAAUAUCCACAAUCAUGUCUUCGAGCAACUACAACGCUGUGUCAAGCCAGGCUGCGAGUGAAAGCACUCCUGCCAUCCCUUUGAUGAUGUCGAGCAUGGGGACGACCUUUGCCCCGAUCACCACUGUAGGAUCGAUUGGCAUGAUCCCAAUCAUGUCAACCCCUACUCCUACGCUGACGACAACAAUGUUCCCAGGCUCGAUAACAACGCCUAGUGGAGCAUUCACACCAUACCCGUCAGCUUGGGCUCAGUUUGCUGCUGACCCGGCAAAUGCUCAGGCUCUACAGGGCUAUCAACAGGUUGCAGGGGGCUUCAUGCCAUUUGCCUAUCCCGGCAUGACGCCACCAAUUAUGCCACCUCCGGUGUCGACCCCGUCGACAUUUGUCCCUAGGAUGGUCCCUAUACGUCCGGUGAAUUUGACGGGGACCAUGAAUGAAGCGGCGCCCUCAAAUGUCCAUGAAAUCGAUGAGGCGGAGCAGGAGGCGGCCCGCAGGAGGAAGGGUAAGGUUGUAGCCAAACCCAGCAAGACUCGAGAUUCGGCGUUCAAACGCCUAGGGAACAAAGAGGAUGGACCCCGCAAGGAAUCUGAGACGAUUCACCAAGACGAGGAGGAAGCAGAAAGCCAGCCCAGAGCGUCGGCAUAUACCAGGCUCUCAUACGAUGAGGAUGACCUGGACAAGAUAGGGAGCGUAGCAAGAAAGCUAUGUGCCCUGGAGGAAAAGGUGGAAGAGAAGGCGGGAGCGAAAAAGCACACCCUGGCUAAAUCUCCCUUUUCGGCCAGGGUACAUGCGCAGAAGUUGAGGCAGAAGAUUAAGCUGGACGUAGAGAAAUUCACAGGAAAGGAGGAUCCAAACGUCCACCUUGACACCUUCCACAAUGCAGCACAGAUGGCCGGGUGCACUGAUGAUGAGGAAUGCCUACUCUUCUUCUCAUCCUUGAGAGGGAGGCCAGUGGAAUGGUUUAACGGCCUUCCCCAUGGCAGGAUUGGGUCAUUUGAGAAACUUGCCGAAGUUUUCCGCAAAAAGUAUCAGGACAACUGCAUUAAGAAGAAGAAGUUCACCUACCUUAACACAGUAAGGCAGAAGGAGUCCUUGACUCAAUUCUUGACCCGCUGGAGGGACGAGGUCGACAAGGUAGAAGAGAUGGACGAUAAGACGGCCAUGUCUUUGCUGAUGAAUGCCUUCCGGUCGGGUGACCUCUACACUGAAUUCUGUAGGAGGCCACCCUCCUCUUACCAAGAAGCCUACAAUACGGCAUGGGAGUAUGCCGAGGCAGAAGUCUUGAAUAAGAGCAAGCGGGAAUUGGAGGAAGGAUAUACGAAGGUGAAAGCCGAUAAGCCGAAGAAGGACGACCAGACGGGAGGGUCCAAGCCAAAGGCCACGUAUGACGGGUCUGUCCAUCAAACAAGGGAUGAUAAGAAGGGAGAGCAGUCCAAGAGGCCAUGGACGGAGAAGUGGUGUACCUACCACCAAUCUGACUCCCACAAUACGGCGGAUUGCCGAAAUGUCAAGGCUGUGCUCAAGGAGAUGGCCUUGAAAGGAGAGCUUGGGGAAGGUUACGCGACGGGGAAUAAAAAGGACCCGAAAGCGAACACCUGGACCCGUCCUCAGGGGAAAGACCAGGGAAGGAGAAAAUCCGGAAAGGAUAACAACAAGCCGGAUAAAGAAUUCAUCGAGAUGAUUGUCGGCAGCCCAGAAGGCGGGGAUAGAUACUGCCUCCCAGCGGAAGAACUGGGCCAGGAGCUUGCACGCUUCACUGGAGCUAGCAUAGAAGCGGAAGGUCAGAUAACCUUACCGGUUACCUUGGGGUCAGGUAACAGGACAGUGACCAAACAAAUGAGAUUUGUUGUGGUCGACAUCAAAUGUGUGCAUAAUGCCAUUCUGGGUAGGCCUGGAAUCAACCAGGUCAGGGCUAUUAUUUCCAUGGCACACUUAUGCAUGAAGUUUUACACUCCCAAUGGAAUCGGGGAGGAAAGGGGUGAUCAGAAGAAUGCACGGUCCUGUUACCUAGAAGCGGUCAAGAAGAUGACCCGCCAGUUCGAAGAAAUAGAACUGGUCUCCCAGCAAGUAGACAAGGAUGAGGAGAAGGCUAGGAUCGAGCCAGAUGCAAACACGGAGGAGAUCCAGAUUGAUGCCUCCAAUCCUGAAAGGAAGGUCAAAAUUGGGGCUGAUCUUCAGGAGGAGCUAAGGACUCAGAUUGUUCAGGUGUUGACCAGGUAUAAAUCAUUAUUUGCCUGGAGUGUUGCUGAUAUGCCCGGGAUUGACCGGUCAGUCAUUUGCUUCUUGGCAAGUGAUAGGAGGGACUUUGUGAAAAAGGAGGUCAAGGACCUACUUGAGGAAGAAGAACCGGCCAGGGCCAUCACUGAGCUUUGGUGGUCCAUGUCGGUCGACGGAGCUUCCGGGCCGAAAGGUUACGGGGGAGGUGUUGUGUUCACAACUCCGAAAGGGUUUAAGGUAUAUCAUGCCUUGAUUUUUAAUUUCAAACUCACGAACAAUGAGGCCGAGUAUGAGGCGUUGAUAGGGGGCCUGAGAUUGGCCAAAACCCUACAAAUCACAUGCCUCAGGAUUAAGUCCGAUUCAAGCUUGGUGGUAGGCCACAUAAAUGGCAACAUGGAGGCCAAAGGAGAGAAGAUGCAGAAGUACAGAAACUUGGCAAGGGCACUGUUGAGGGACCUGACUGAGUAUGUGAUGGAGCAAAUCCCUAGGGGGGAGAACACCGAUGCUGACUUGCUAUCAAAGUUGACGCAAGCAGCCCCGGAGCAUGUGUCCAAGCUGGCCAGGAUUGAGACGCUGGAGAAAGCCAGCAUUGAAGGGUUUUCUGUUAGCAUGAUAGAGGAAGAUGGACAACCUAAUCCAGAUCGAGUAGAGCCAGAUGAUAUUUGGAUGGACGAUUUGGUAAGGUACUACAUGACCGGGCAAUUCCUUGAAGACGAGGACAGGGUAAAAAAAAUUAAGUUGAGGGCUCCAAGAUUCCAAAUGCUUGAUGGAAGGCUAUACAAAAGAGCAUUUGGUGGUUCAAUGUUGAGAUGCUUGACCAGGGCAGAGGCGGAAAGAGUGAUCGGCGAAGUUCACGAGGGUGUCUGCGCAGCCCACCAAAUGUCCAGGACACUCGCGCAAAAGAUCAUUUUGCUAGGUUAUUUCUGGCCUACAAUGAACCAAGAUUGCGAGAGGUAUGUCCAGAAGUGCAAGAUUUGCCAGAUAUUCUACAAGUUUCCGGAAGGCCUACGACCUACUACCACCCAGUUUCCAAUGUCAUUCCAUUCGCAAGAGGAGUUGCCACAUAUCAUAUGGGCUUACCGGGUCACUUCAAGAAGGGCCACAGGGGAGACACCCUUCGUUCUUACAUAUGGGUGUGAGGCCAGACUACCUAUCGAAGCUAAAAUAAUAACCUUUCGGGAGAAGGUCUAUGAAGAGAAAGGGAAUGAGGAAAACCAUUUGGCAGAGCUAAACUUGCUGGAAGAAAGGCGGAUGAUCGUUGAGGCUAAAAUGAUAAAAUACCAGCAAGCAGCCAAGGCCUACCAUGAUAACAAGGUAGGGCCUCGUUAUUUCCAAGUGGGUGAUGAGGUCCUGAGACGAAGGGAGGCCAGCAAACCCGGAGACGGGGGAAAACUUGCAAAGAAAUGGGAAGGCCCAUAUAGGGUCACAACAAUAUUACGCCCUGGGACAUACAAGUUAGCAACAAUGGAAGGUAGAGAAUUGGAAAGGUGUUGGAAUUCCCACCACCAUAGAAAAUUCUACCGAUAGAUCAAAAUUUGGCAGGGCAUGUAUUUGUAAUACCCCUUCGAUGAUAAAUAAGAGCUUUCUUCGAUACUUGUGUUGCUGGGUCAGUAAUACUAAAAUAACAUGUCUUGAUGUAAGAAGCAAGGUCCAAAAAAAAGGAGAUAAACCCUU